CGCUAAUGGAAGCGUCAGUAUUACCAGUUGUCGUCACUAGGACAGAUAAUGAUUUUUUUUUUCAAAGUAAUUAGAAAAACACCAAAUUAAUUGAAUUUUUUAUGGAAAUAUUGCAUAAAAAGAUAAAAUAUGCUAAAAAUUGCUAAAAAGCAUUACUGAAAGAAUCAGUGCUUCAAAUCACACUGUUACCAAACAAGACGAGAUAUUCUCGUGACGUCACCAUGGCCUCGACUUUUCCAAAAUUCCUACUGGGAAUUUUGAAGCAGACGUACCUGUAAAAAGAAGUCAUAAUUACAGCAGAAGACAGAACUUGCUAUACAUGAGUAUAAUCUUCCAUAUCAGUUCACGUUUUCGGAAUAUUUACUCGCCACUCUCGCGGUCCGUUCAGCUAUAAUGUCUCGCCAUGAGGGUGUGAGCUGUGAUUCCUGUUUGAAGGGCAACUUUCGUGGGAAAAGAUACAAAUGUCUUGUCUGCUAUGAUUAUGAUCUCUGUGCAAAUUGUUAUGAGGCAGGUGCCACCACAACCAGACAUACUACAGAUCACCCAGUCCAAUGUAUACUUACUAAGGCUGAUUUUGAACUGUAUUAUGGGGGAGAAGCAUUGCCUGCCGAGCAGGCCCAGUCUUUCACUUGUCCAUAUUGUGGCAAAAUGGGGUUUACAGAAGCAACUUUACAGGAGCAUGUCACAUCAGAGCAUGCAGACGCCUCUACAGAAGUAGUUUGUCCAAUAUGUGCUGCAUUGCCUGGUGGGGAUCCUAACCAUGUAACUGAUGACUUUGCUGCACACCUCACAUUAGAACACAGAACACCAAGGGAAUUUGAAGAGUCAAGUGGAAUGAGGCAUGUAAGACGAAUACCUCAUCCAGCACGGGGUGUUGGAAGCACUCGUUCUAGGAGAGCUAACAUGCAUAUACCACCUGGAGGAUCUACUUUAUCAGGGCUUUCACCUAAUGGCAGAGAAUCAAUGGAUCCUAUAGCAGAUCGUAAUCGACCACAACUUCCCAUCUCGUGUGCAGCUGACCUCUGGGACGUCUUCCUUGAAUAUUCUCCAGAGUUAUUAUCUCAGCUGUCCAGCGUUCGAAGUCGGGCUGCUGCUGCCCAAAGUGUAUCCUCCCAGUUGCAGCAGUUAGAAAUGCAAUUGCAGUCUACUAAUCGGAUCGAUGGUGUGAUGACUACGACGCAGUCUGUAAAUGCGUCGUCGACAGGUGGACUUCAAUCUUGGUCGCGGUUUCAAUCCUGGCUGGCACCUGACCACGGACAACAAUUAGAACGAUUACCUAGAAGACAAGCUGAAAUUCCCAAGCCCCCAGCUGUCACUACUACUACCACUACACCAAACAGUUCCACAGAACCACCAAGUGCAUCUAGCUCCAAUACUUCAAAUAGCAAUUCACAAUUUUUAUUACCCAGAUGUAUGGAGUUUGCAUUGUCAGAAGGAGAUCAGAGCAUUUUAGAAAUGGACCAUAGUUUGUUCGUUCAAGAAGUUCUUCUAUCAACAUUAGAUGACGAGCUACAACCAUUAUUCUUAGAAAAAAUGAUACAAUUGGAGAUUGGCAGUGGGGUGAACCCUCAAGAAAAGGCACCUAAUAUUGGGGGUGGAAGUGGCAGUAGCAGUGGCGGCAGGAGUGGCAGUGACAAUUCCAGUGGCGGUACUGUUAGUGGUGAGAGCAGCAGCAGUAGUAGCAGCAACGAUACUAGUCUGCAGAAAUCCACAGUGAAAAGUAAAGCUACCCGUCAAAGACCACUAGAGAGUUCUCUGCACAAUCAACCGAAAGGUAGUGGUAGCAGUGGCAACUCGAAUUGUAGUAGUGGAGGAAAUGGAAGUGCUGGUAGCUGCAGCAGCAGUGGGGCUACUAGUAGUGGGGCCAGUUGUGGAAGCAGCAAUAUUGCAGGUGGUGGUACUCAAAAUAUCACAGUGAUCAAACAGAUGUCAGCUUCUUCUAAUUCUGCUUCCCGUAGUGCAUCAGGGACAAGUCCGAUCUCUGCAACUUCUCAGAGUUCUUCACUUACACAAGCCAAUUUAGUAUUGCUUUCUGGUCAGGGGAGCAACAUUGGGCGAGGGUUAAAUACAGGGGGACAAGGGGUGGGUAAUAUGGUUGGGGGGAGUGCCACAUCUCAGGCUCAGUCCAGAUCAACUGGUUUGAGAGAACCUCUUGUCAGUACAAGUUCAGCUAAGAGGUAUAUGCUCAAGCAUUUAGAAGCUACAAAAGCUUCUGAUAGAGAGCCUCCACCACACUAACAUAUAAAAAAAAAAUUCUUGGCAUAACUAUUCAGAAUACAGUUUUGUGGUCUUUAUUUAUUUCCUGGAAGACGUUCUUGCUUUGCUAGAAAACUUUGUAGCGAUUCAUGAGGAAACAUUUGAAAAAGAAAAAAAAUAAGGCCUUUUUAAGCAGCAAAGGCAAUAUAAAGAUGGACAACGGAUUGUACAUAGAUUACUUGAACUGACACCAGAAUCUUUUAGACUUGCUGUGAGCUUUUGUAAAGUUGGCCUGUGAUAUUUGUAUUGUUUUGCCAUUGAUAUGGCCCAAGCCAUGUUAACAGGAAUAAACAAAAUCCACGCUUCUAAUCGGCUACGACUGGUUUGAGGUGUAGUUCUGUCAGACCUGACUCAGAUUUUGAUGUCUUUUUGAAUAAUUGAAUUUCUGUGACUGUUUCUCCUCUCCAAAACUCCCACUUGUGCUAACUUGAAAUCCAAAUUUAAGGUAAAAGGAAAAAAGAAAAGAAAAAAAAUUAAUUUCUAGUGACCAUGUGUGCUUUUACACUCUUGCAGACAUUCUUAAUUAUAUGUUCCUGAUAAGAAUAUCACUGCACAAAUAUGUGUAUUUACAUAAGCAGCUGAGUGUAAAUGCACACUCACACACAGGAGCAUAAACGAGUUGGCAUUAUCUGCUAUUCUCACUCUUCUUUCCAGUUAAAAAAAAAACAUAUUGGGGGCAAAAAAAAAAAAAUUUAGAAUAUGUAUUAAAUAAACUUUGUCUAGGUCUUGAUCAUUUCAGAAUCUUUCUUGAAUUUUUUUUUUCUUUUCUGCUUCCCCUUUUCUCUCCAUAUCCCUACCUAUCCUAACCAGUCUUUUCCAUAGCUCUAAUAUAUGAAACCAUCUAUAAUAAACAUGUAUAAUUCACUGCAAUAAUUAUGUAAAUAUGUGAGCACAAGUGCUUGGAUCUGCUACAAUGAAGUACACACAUGACUAUCACUGCUUCCAAGACCUGAAAGAGUGUAUUUAGGGGGAAUAUUUUAUUUUAUUUAUAUUUUUUUUUUUUAAAUCCUCAUUGCUUUUCCUUCCCUUUUCCAUUCUGCUGUCUCGCUACUUGAGGCAGAGGAUGCAUGUUUAUAUAAUGAAAGUGUUUAAAAAUUGAAAUAAACUUAUUUCAAUCAACAUAA